AUGGUUAGUAGGAAUCAUGGUUUGAUUAGAACCAAGCUGAAAAAAGCUACAGGGGAAGAUAUGUUGGACUACAGUUCCCUUGAUACUGAAUCAGCAAAGCACAUUAGGAAAAAUGAGAUUUUUAGUGCUCUCAGUUACUUUGACAGAAUGGUUCAUAAGAAAAAUGAAAUGUUGAGAACUCGGCAAACUUCUGUAGCAGGGACGUGGUUGAAAAGCAGUUUAGGCAUUGUUGAACAAAAAGGAAAUACAUUGACCGGGACCUAUAUUGCAUCCCAGCUGGGAUAUUAGGUUGCAGCCAUGUCACCCACAAAUCCAGGUCACAUUGUAACAAAGAACAACAAUACUGAUCAGAAGCUGUCUGUUUUGGCAGUUCUUGGAGGGAUGGUUCUUAUACUGCUUGUUCUGCUGUGCCUCCUUUUAUACUAUUGCAGGAGAAAGCUUUUGAAGCCCCGUCAAUUAUUUAAGAAAGUACGGUUAUCCUCAACAAUCAGUGGUUCAAAGAAGGAUCAAUCAACUUCUAUGUCCAAUGUCAAUUUAGUAGUUUCCCAACAUGAAUCAGAAUUCCCUAGUGGGCUCUCCAUUACUAGCAACAGCCACCCAGAAUCCUUUGACCACAAGGAAGUAGUGAUUGUGGAUGUUCAUGCGAGCCAAGGAUGUUCUGUAGAAGAAGCAGAUAUGCAUACCCCUGUGUUCCUACAUACUUACAGCACCUCACAGGAAUUUAGUCCCAGAGAGGGAUGGCUUUCCCAUAAGGAAAAUGAUCGAAGCCACACAUCUUUAGUGAGCAUGGCAUCUUUUUUUAUAAACCCAAGCAAGUCUCUAGAGAAGAUAGAAGGUUCUCCUGACAAGGGACACUCUAAACACAGUUACAAUACAAUGUUAAGCCAGUCUUUAUUUGAGAAGCCAGAGGAAUCAAGGUUCUCAAUUGAAUUAUCUAGCGCAGAUUCCCAACAAGAAAUGCAGCCGCAACAGAGGCAGCCACAACACCUGGCUGCUCAAGCAGUAUCCCAGCAACAUUUGCAAGAAGUUGGUACAGGUGACUGGAAACCGCAGUACAUUGUGGUGACUGAAUCAUUCGAGACACAGCUUCAGUGCACAGCAUCCCUCAGUGACGAGCUUCUUAAUAAGAAAGCUCAAACGGAGCUAGGUGGAGGAAAGUCUUUGCCUCCUUCUCGAGCAUGGUUUGUUUCUUUGGAUGGGAAAUCCAAUAGAGUUAGACAUUCCUACAUUGAUCUUCAAACAUCUGGAAGGAAUGGAAUUAAUGAUAUCAGCCAGGAUUCUACAGAUGACAUAAAUGAGCCAAAAUCUGCCAGAAAGGGAAGGGCAGGUCAUUUACAACAAACCCACCAGCAAGUGCAGAUGUAUCCACAGAAAGAUUUGGAUGAAGUGGACCAAAGUGGCAGUGAAUAUGAAACUAUGGUUUGUAUCCCUCAAGGCAAUAGUCGAAGAUGUGUGUUGGAGGGAGGGAGAAGGAGAAGAGAUGGCCAAUUGCCCAGCCUGCAGGAGGAAACAAUAAAGAGAAAUGUAGAAAGUCCAUCCAACCCUUUACCAAGUCCAGAACAUAAAAUCACUACAUGCAGUAAAGCUGAUUGUGAUGGUAAUGACACUGAUGAACAUAAUCAUCAGAGGGAAGAUAAACAGACUCCUUGGCAAAAGCGAGAGGAAAGACCAGUCAUACUAUUCAAUCCGAAGUAA